CAGUACGAGCUUUGUGCAUGUUUGCUGGUAAGCAAUCAUGAGAGAAAGUAAUUUGGUGGACAAACUUGGUCCCUUGCUUUCAUGCUAGAGACUUUAAUUUGGACCACCAACUUUUUUUUUUCUUUCUUUCUUUUUAUUCUUCCUGUUAUAAACCAAUCUUUCUGGCUUUAUUCAUCUUCCAUUUCAUCUUGAAUGAAUUGGAAACACAUCUGAGAGGCAUCACAAUAAAGAAACACAAAGAAAAACUUAGAGAGAGCAAGUGUUUGUGUCAUUUCUCUGAUGGGUAACAACAGGUUCAAGUUAUCAGAUAUGAUACCAAAUGCUUGGUUUUACAAGCUGAAAGACAUGAGCAAAUCAAGGAAGAGAAAUGGUUCUCAUGCUAUGAAGAGUAAAGUGUCUUCACCACCAACAACAACAACAUCACAAAGGUCGCUGCCAAGAUAUUCACACUAUUUCUCCACUGAGCCUAUUAGAGCUGGUAAGCUAUACAACACUCCCAUUCACACCAAAGACUUGGACAUGCCAUUCACUGAUUCACCUAGAAGGUCUUCCAAGAGAAGGGCUAGGAGAAAAACCAUCUACAAGCCUUCUCCCACCGUUGUUUCGUCCUCUUUCAUUCCCUCUUCCGGCUAUGACUCCGCGAAUCAUUGGAUCAAGCCAUGCCAGGUUCAGUCACCAGAUUAUGAUGUGUCUUCAGCUGAAAGCUCUUCUGAGUCUGAUCUUCAUGAGUAUGCUUAUUCAGAGUCUGAAUGUGACAGCUUUUCUGUUCCUGAUUUGCUUAAUGGAAUGGACACUAAUUGCAGCUGCAGAGUUAGCUCUUCCACUAAUGACAUCAUCAUUGACAUGAACAGUGAGUCCUUCCUUGGGAAUCCAGAAAAGCAAGAUGGGUUUGAUGCAAUUUCACAGCUUGGUCUUGCUCCAAUAUUGACAAGGCCAGUGAAGUUUGAUGAUAAGGUCAUCGAAGCCGCUGAGGUGAGAAGUUCAACUGAUUUGGAUGAAAUGCAGGAUGAUCAGUCUUUCUCAAUUGAGAUUAACAAAGAGGAAAGCAUUAGAACUCAAAGGAGGAGGAAAAGCAAUCAUAGAAAGCCCUUUGCUAAUUCUGCAGGCAUAAGGCUUAGAGUCAAUUCUCCAAAACUUGCAAGCAGAAAAGUUCAAGCAUGUGCAAGAAGGAGUGUGUCAUCCACUGCAAGCAAAGGUUCAAGGAGUACAGGCUUUCCAGAUGGAUUUGCUGUUGUUAAGUCCUCAUUUGAUCCACAAAGUGACUUCAGGGAGUCAAUGGUGGAGAUGAUUGUGGAGAACAAUAUCCGCGCAUCGAAGGAUUUGGAGGACUUACUUGCUUGCUACCUUUCCCUCAAUUCAAGUGAAUACCAUGAUCUCAUUGUUAAGGCAUUUGAGCAAAUUUGGUUUGACUUGGCUCAACUAAGAAUGUAAAGAUCUUAUUGUUAUCCAAUGCAUAUUUAUAAUCUUGUAACUAUCACCAGUCUUUUGAUCAACUUCUGUUCUGAAUUAUCAGAAAUUUGGUAUCCUCAUAUAAAGAAUAUCCUCAAGUUUUGACAA